AUGAUCGCCAUCAGCGAGAACGUGGCCACACCUGACGACAAGACAUCCCUGUGCUCUACGACAGCACCUAAAGAAGAGACAACUAAUCUAAGUCAUCGUAAGUCUGAGGCAAAGAAUGGUAAUCUCGAGGUCAAGACAACUGUUAAGCACAAACACAAAUGUCACUCGAAAUGGUCGUCCCAGUCGUCGACCACCGAGGACGGGCUGAUCACUACAUCUACGCACUCAUCCAUUAAGUCGAUGUUGUCUUCAAACCAGUCAUUGAGUCCAUUGUCCGCCACUUCUAUUGUCAAGAAAUUCUUCACGAAUCGCAUAAAACACUCUAAAAUCGGUCAACAAAUAGCUGAAGAGGUUCUGGAGGCCCAGCGAAGGGCCGACGAGUUUUCCACCUCAUCCUCCUGUUCCUCUCAGUCCUCGUCCAAUAGCCCGCCCUCUAGUCUGGACACCAGCAACACGUCGGCUGUCGGCUCCCUCAAUGGCAACUCAUCGGCCAUCAGCGGGAAGUCCAUGUCGUCGGACCAUGAGUCCUGUCAACCGAGUCUCACAUCCAUUACCGUAACCAACACCUCGUCCUAUGAUAGCGGUGUUGAUAAUCAGGCCUACGAUAGCCUGUCGUUGCCAUCCAUCCCGAGUAUGUCCAACAGCUCUCUGGCGGAUAUAUCUCAGUUAGAGCCCAUCCCUGCCCACAGCAUCCGGUUCCUCAACUCAAACCAUAGUAGUAGUACGAGUGGUGACAAUAAUGGGAGCAGUUGUUUGAGUAAUGAUAGCAUGAAUGGUGUGAAUAAUCAUCGGGUUCACUACAACUCAGCCAUUAAUGAACUGGUAGGCAAUGUAUCGCAAACACAGAAUCACAUGAAUGAGGAGACCGAUGAGGCGGCCAUCAGUUUGAUUAUGUCUAUUCUGGAAGCGGACGGUGGAAUGGGAGGACAAACGGAAUUCAGUGAAAUUCAAUGGCCUUUGUAUUAAAAUAUCAAACAAUUUGUAACAUAAUACUCACUCAUUAUUAUA